AAUGAACAGCCUUGCACCGCUCAUGAUGGAGAUGAUUAUUAUGACCUGAGCUCUCUUAAGUCAAGUACCGAUUACAGAUUCAAGUCGCCAGAUGACUAUGAGUUCGUCUUGAACAUUUGCGAGCCAGUCAUUUCAGAUAUGUGGGUGAUCAAGGUAGAUGACCCCAUGAUUGUCGGUGGGUUCCCUCAUCACGAAUGUGGAGACGUCUCCAUCGGGUGA